AGGGAUGAGAUCAGCAGGGAUCAGCUUUCAGGAUGGGGCAUUGCUUCAGCAGCAGGCUCUUCCCAUCUGGGCUGCAGGGGGUGGGGGGUGACAAAGGUAGUCUCUGAACACAAAGCCAAACUGCCCCCCAUAGGGGCUUGACCAAAGGGAAGGAAGCCAGGGGAUCGACUGAUGGCUGGGCUGGUGCUGCCCUGUGCUAUGCCAGGAAGAGCAGGGGUGCCAGUCAACUACAUGUGUGGAUCCAGAAGAUCAUUCCAGCAGUAACUUUACCAGGAUACCCAGCCCUGGCAGGAGGCUGUCACCACGUCUUGCCCUGUGCCACAUCUGGAGACAGGGGGAUCGUAUGUAACGUUUUUUUUCCUCCAAGGAUCCUUUGUACAAUUUCUGUCUUUUCUGGUUGAUUUCACGUCUCAGGGCUCUGAAUGCCAAGUGCUGGAUAGAUCUGCUGCUGAGGAAAGGCUUUCCAGAAGAUUGCUGAACGGCCGAAGGUCCUCAUAGCCUGCUUGUAGGGCACAAGUAACUGGUUUCAGUAUAUUUUUUUUAAUGAGGUAACAGGAGGAAACCAAGGAACAUCUUCCCUUUCCCCUAAACCCCCAAACAAGAAAUGGGUCAAAAGAUCUCAGGGAGUAUAAAAUCUGUGGAUGUACGGGACCCUCCCUAUAGACCAGUCAAAAGAGAACUAAGGGGCCCUGACUUUUGUAAGCCUGCUAGACUAGACAUGCUGCUGGAUAUGCCCAUGGCUACUUUGGAAGUUCAGCAGAAGCAUGCUUGGAACAAUGAGGACCGGUCUUUGAAUAUCUUUGUGAAGGAGGACGACCGUCUGACGUUCCAUCGGCACCCGGUUGCACAAAGUACAGACUGCAUCAGAGGGAAAGUUGGCUACACAAGAGGCCUUCAUGUCUGGCAAAUUCAUUGGCCUACGAGACAAAGAGGAACGCAUGCUGUUGUGGGAGUAGCAACUGCAGAUUCCCCUUUACAUUCAGUUGGAUAUACUUCAUUGGUAGGAAGCAAUAGUGAGUCUUGGGGCUGGGACCUAGGACGAAACAAACUGUAUCACAACUGUAAAAACCAACCUGGCGUUACAUAUCCAGCUUUUCUGGAACCUGAUGAAUCGUUUGUACUCCCAGACUCUUUGCUGGUAGUGUUAGACAUGGAUGAGGGGACUCUUAGCUUCAUAGUUGAUGGACAAUAUUUAGGAGUUGCCUUCAGAGGACUUAAAGGGAAAAAACUUUACCCUAUUGUCAGCGCUGUAUGGGGUCACUGUGAAAUUACAAUGCGAUACAUCAAUGGACUUGAUCCGGAGCCAUUGCCUUUGAUGGACUUGAGCCGGAGAUCAGUUCGGUUUGCUAUCGGCAGAGAACGUUUGCACCAAAUCGAGUCUUUACCUUUGCCUCAGUCUUUAAAGAACUAUUUACAGUACCAGUGACGUCAUCACUGCACCUCUAAGCCUCGGCCGGACGACAACACAGGAGAGAAGAUGUAAUGCAACAUGGCAGAUAUUGUUUACAUGGAAACAAAAUUCCUUUACGAUGGAUAUUUACACAUUAUUUAAUUUUAAUAUAUAUAUAGUGUUCUUUUUUUCUGGAUGCAGUGCCACAGAGCAUUAAUGGACUACUGGAAAAAUCUUGUCUGAUGUUUCAUCCAGUGCUGUCUAUUCAAAGGAUUCCCAAUUUCUGUCUAACCAUUUAUUUUUCCAUAUAGAACGUUUUUCAGAUGUAGUAAAAUUAUAACAUUUUCCACAUCUAAUAGGCACAUAUAGCUAAGCCAUUAAAACAGAGUGAAGACUGCCUAGCCAGUCAACAAGGGGUCAAAACAAUUCAAAGCAUAUCAAAGUGGCUAGUAGAAAGCUAAUGAUCUAGGAACACAGCUUAUCUCUACAUGAACACAAGGGAGUUAUGAGACAACUACUUACCUCUGUUCUAGUAGAGGUAUUUAUUUGUAGCCCAAAUGUCCAUACCUACCAUAAGUUCAGGCCCUGUUGCUGGUAUUGGGCACAUUAAGAUGUGGGGUCCAACCCAGGUAGUCGUACCAACCUUACAAACAGAAGGUAUGAACCUUGCAAGGGCUCCCUCUCUCCACAAGCACCGCAAAUGUAAACAAAUAAGUAACGAGAGAACAUGUCUAAGGAUUAUGCAUCCCUUGACACUCAAGGGAUGGGGAAGCUCUGAGGGAAGUAAGCACUGGGCCUUUCUGUACCAGUAUGUCCAGUGUAGUAGCAUCAACCAGAGCCAGAAGGUACAGUAGGACUAUUGUGAUUUUACUAUGAGACACCAUCUCUUCUAUGUACAGUCUUUACAAAUGCAUUUUUUAUUUGUGAACUAGAACUGAUAAAAACUGAUGAUAAUAAAAAAAAACACAGCUACCGACUAGUUUAAACCCCUAAAUAUGAAUUAUUUCUGUACAUCUACACCUAUAUCAUGUCUAUAACUAUGAUUUGUGUCAAAUGUAGUUGGGAGCAUUUCAGGUAUAUUCUUAAAAAGGCAAUAACUACCUGAAUCAUUUGUCAGUCUGUAGGUACUCAAUAAACAGACCCCGCCCCCGUAAUGACAUCAUAUCUGCUCUACAACAGACACCACAGUGACAUUGAGAAGGAGCUUCACUUUCAUCAAGCUCAGCUCGAAUAUCAUUCUUAAACCAACACUGAUGUGCUUCAAAAUCACAAAAUCUCAUGUACCUCUCAUGCCCUGUAGCCAUGCUAUUGAGAUAUAUCACGGCCUUUUAUUUCUCUACUCAGAACACUUUUAUGGCUGUUGUUGGAACCAACCAAGUGGUUCCACAUCUGUAUGAAUGCAUAUCCUUUUGGUUUGUCAUUUUUGGGAAUUGUCUGGAUUUAAGCAGUGAUGCUUGAGAUUUUUGGAGGGUUUGCUGAAAAAAGUAUAAAUAAA